AGCCGAUCGAGACCUGAGGCUGCAAAGGCGGCACAGCCACCGCCGAGGUUCCGCUGAUCAUCUCCAUCAACCCUGGCCGGAACUUGGAAGCUCUCAAUUCUCCAACCAGGACUUAUCAUUGGGUUUCAUGGCGACAACCUUAGAAAGCGAUGUUAUAAUCCAAGAAAGGUGUUAGCAACUGCCUUUCCAUCUCGCAUUCAAAUGGCGACAGUGCGAAUCAGCGUCUGUGGAGACGAGGGCACUGGCAAGUCCAGCUUGAUCACCUCUCUUGUCAAGGGCGUCUUCGUUACCAACAAAAUUCAACCCGUUUUACCCCAAAUCACAAUCCCUCCCACCAUCGGAACCCCCGAAAAUGUCACGACGACAACAGUGGUGGACACCUCCGCGCUCCCGCAGGAGCGGAAUAACCUGGCGAGAGAAAUCAGGAAGUCGAACGUGAUUUUGCUUGUGUACUCGGAUCACUACAGCUACGAAAGAGUCGCUCUGUUCUGGCUGCCGUAUUUCCGGUCCUUGGGAGUUAAUGUACCGGUAGUUCUUUGCGCAAACAAGUCGGACCUGGCCGCGGACCAUACGGAGACACAAGUCAUUGAAGAGGAGAUGCUCCCGCUGAUGGCGGAGUUCAAGGAGAUCGACUCAUGUAUACGCACCAGUGCCCGCGAGCAUCGGAAUGUCAAUGAGGCUUUCUUCCUCUGCCAGAAAGCCGUCACCCACCCCAUCGCACCGCUCUUCGAUUCCAAAGAGUCUGCCUUAAAGCCCGCCGCCGUCGCCGCAUUACAACGUAUAUUCUAUCUGAGCGACAAGGAUCGGGAUGGUUAUCUCAGCGACAAGGAGAUUGAGGACUUUCAGAUGCGUUGUUUCGAGAAGCCGUUGAGUGAAGAGGAUCUUGUGCAUAUCAAGGAGACCAUUCAGAGGGGACAUCCACACUCAGUUACUCCCUCGGGUAUCGAUUGCCGCGGGUUCAUUCAUCUGAACAAGAUGUACGCCGAGAAGGGUCGCCAUGAAACUGUCUGGAUCAUUCUGCGGGCCUUCCAGUAUACAGAUAAUCUAUCCCUGCAGGAGAACUUCCUCCAUCCGAGGUUCGAGGUUCCUCCUUACGCCUCAGCUGAGCUGUCCCCAGAAGGGUAUCGCUUCUUCGUCAAUUUAUUUUUAUUGUCCGACAAGGAUAAUGAUGGUGGGUUGAAUGACGCCGAGCUGGCCUCGUUGUUUGCGCCGACACCGGGGCUGCCUGCCUCGUGGGCAGAUGGCUCGUUCCCGUCAUCCACCGUUCGGAACGAAGCCGGCCAUGUCACCCUCCAGGGCUGGCUUGCACAGUGGAGUAUGACCACCUUCACCUCACCCAAAACCACGCUCGAGUACUUAGCCUAUUUGGGAUUUGAGUCAUCCGACCGCAGCAAUCCUUCCACAACAGCGGCGCUUAAAGUCACGCGCCCACGAAAGCGGCGACGAAGACCCGGACGCGUGGGGCGCAAUGUUGUGCUUGGCCACGUGCUUGGAGCUCCGGGAUCCGGCAAAUCGGCCCUGUUGGAUGCUUUCCUCGCGCGGGGAUUUAGCGCCACCUAUCAUCCCACCAUUCAACCCCGGACGGCUGUGAACACAGUUGAACUUCCCGGGGGCAAGCAAUGCUAUCUGAUUCUGGACGAGCUUGGAGAACUCGAGCCUGCGAUCUUGGAGAACCAGGUUAAGCUUCUAGAUCAGUGCGAUGUCAUUGUCUACACGUACGACUCCUCCGAUCCUGAUUCCUUUGCGUAUAUUCCAGCCCUGCGGGCGAAGUAUCCGCACCUGGAAGAGCUUGCGAGUGUGUUUGUUGCGCUUAAGGCAGACUUGGACCGAACCACCCAACGGGCGGAGCACCAACCUCAUGAAUACACAGCACUAUUGAACAUGCCUAGUCCACCGCUCCAUGUCAGCGCAACAUGGAGCUCGAUCCAAGAGGUUUUUGUUCACAUCGCCGAGGCGGCUAUGGAGCCUAGCACGGCCUUCCCUCGAAGUGAGGAAGAUGUCGAAGGCAAGUGGAUGUCGUGGGGGAUCGCAUUGGGGGCGGUCGUUUGCGCAGGGGCAGCAGCGGUAAUGAUCUGGCGGAGAGUCAGUGGUAGCGGGGUCUGA